AGGCUCUCCUUGCUUGGACUUCUGCCCGCUCUGCGGACUUAGGAGUCACGACCUCCAGCACAGGAUGUGGUACCAUAGAUUGUCCCACCUACAAAGCAGACUUCAGGACUUGCUGAAAGGAGGAGUCAUAUGUCAGGCCCUACCCCAGCCCACCUUUAAAAGCUUACUUCCUUUAGCUGUUCGUUGGCACCAUACAGCCUCUAAGUCUCUGACUUGUGCUUGGCAGCAACAUGAAGAUCAUUUUGAGCUGAAAUAUGCUAACACCGUGAUGCGCUUUGAUUAUGUCUGGCUUCGAGACCACUGCCGCUCAGCAUCAUGCUACAACUCUAAGACUCAUCAGCGCAGCCUGGACACAGCCAGUGUGGAUUUAUGUAUCAAGCCAAAGACUAUACAUCUGGAUGAGACCACACUCUUUUUUACUUGGCCAGAUGGUCAUGUGACUAAAUACGACUUGAAUUGGCUAGUGAAAAACAGCUAUGAAGGGCAGAAACAAAAAGUCAUCCAGCCUAGAAUAUUAUGGAAUGCUGAAAUCUACCAGCAAGCCCAAGUUCCAUCUGUAGAUUGCCAGAGCUUCUUAGAAACCAAGGAGGGAUUGAAGAAGUUUCUGCAAAACUUUCUGCUCUAUGGAAUUGCUUUUGUAGAAAAUGUCCCUCCCACUCGAGAGCACACAGAGAAGUUGGCAGAAAGGAUCAGCUUAAUCAGAGAAACCAUUUAUGGGAGGAUGUGGUAUUUCACUUCGGACUUCUCCAGAGGUGACACUGCGUAUACCAAGCUAGCUCUGGAUCGGCACACUGACACUACCUAUUUUCAAGAGCCCUGUGGCAUUCAAGUGUUUCACUGUCUUAAACAUGAAGGAACUGGUGGCAGGACACUGCUAGUAGAUGGAUUCUAUGCAGCACAACAGGUUCUUCAAAAGGCACCUGAGGAAUUUGAACUCCUCAGUAAAGUGCCAUUAAAGCAUGAAUAUAUUGAAGAUGUUGGGGAAUGUCACAACCACAUGAUUGGGAUUGGGCCAGUCUUAAAUAUCUACCCAUGGAAUAAAGAGUUGUAUUUGAUCAGGUACAACAACUAUGACCGGGCUGUCAUCAAUACCGUUCCUUAUGAUGUCAUCCAUCGUUGGUAUAUAGCACACCGGACUCUAACGAUAGAGUUGAGGAGACCUGAGAAUGAGUUUUGGGUCAAACUAAAGCCUGGCAGGGUCCUAUUUAUAGACAACUGGCGUGUCCUACAUGGCAGGGAAUGCUUCACUGGCUACCGCCAACUCUGUGGCUGCUAUUUAACAAGAGAUGAUGUAUUAAACACUGCUCGCCUCUUGGGACUUCAGGCUUAAAAUUGACAGCAUCGGGAUUAUGAAUACACCUGGCACACUGGCUACCAGAAUUUUAUAUGGGUAGAAUAAUAUUGUGUCAAACUCUACUUCAGAUUGUCUCCUUAUCCUAUCCCACAAAACAGAGGCUGACCCUUUCUCCAGUAAGGGAAACUUGUGAGAGACAGGGGGCUCUGAGUUAUCUAAUGUCAGCCAUCUAGUGUGGUAGCUCUCUUCCUCAUGUUAUAACAUGGAUCCACUUUUUUUUUUAACCUUUUAAUAUAAUUUUGGUCAAUCUCCUUCAGAAAUAUAAUCUCCAUAUUGAUAGGAAAGCAAUAAUUGCCAUGAGGUAAAGAUUUUUUUUCCCCAAGUAGAUCAGUUAGAAAGAAAUGCAUUCUAGAAAUAAAAAAAUCCUGAUAAAGCAGCAGUUUGCAAAAUUUUUGGUCUUAGGACAUCUUAACACUCUUAAAAGUUAUUGAGGGCCCCAAGGAGUUCUUGGGUGUGGGUUCUAUCUAUUGAUACCAAUUAUUUUAGGUAUUAAGACAUAAAUAUUUAAAACUCAAGAAAACAGAAGUGCACAUCCCUCAGCUAUCAGAGAGACAACAUAAUCAUAUGUUAGGUAGCCUCUGGAAGAGUCCUCUGUACCCUCAUGAGGUAAUGGGAGGGGGAAAAAAAGCUACUGUUGCCUUUAUAACUUCCACUUAGCCUACCACAGGGCUAUGCACAUCUUGGUUUCCAAAAGUCUGCUUAAUUUCAAAAGGAAAAUGCCUAAUUGAAUAUAGCUCAUCUUGGUGUUACUAUAAAAAAUAAUUUAAUCUGCAGACCCACUAAAAGGGAAACAGAGACUCCUCCAGGGCUCUGCAGAUCAUACUUUGAGAACCCAUGGGCUAGUGACUACCUUGAGACAGUCCUUUGCAUAGGCCUGUGGAUUAAAGUGUUUAACUGAAACCCUA